AGGCCAGGAACAUUUAAUAUUUUUCAAUAAAUUAAUAUAUAAAAUAUAUACAUUAGUGCCAAAUGGAACAUAUAUUUUGAAAUAUGACACCCAAGUAAAAUGCUCAGGAAUCUGGAGUAGAAUCCAGGUAUCUGCCAAAGGAAACUUUGGACGAGUUGUCUUUUGAAGAAGGGAAACAAUGCUGGGUCUCUUAUCUUCACGGACUGUUUUGCUUGUCAAACUUCUAACAUCACUUCAGCCGAGUUUCGUAUUUGACUUCCAACCUCAUGGCCAUUUGACCUGCCAACUAUUAUUUUUCUUUGAGGCUUUUAACACCCCACCCAAGUAUUUUGCUUUCCAGAUUGUGUGCGUUUCCUUUUCACUUCACCUUAAAGUCAGCCUGGGUUUACAACAUCGGCUUAAGGUGCACCCUCUAAGGUUUCAGAGAGACCCAGGGCACCGCGAUGAUGACCUGAAGCUGAUACCUCUCGGCAAGGCCAAGGUGCCGGGAGGUUCUCCGCGUUGUGCCAGGAUUUCCAUCCAACCCGAGAGUCUCAGGGCAGAGGCCAGGCCCCCAGCGUCCGACUCCCAGGGGUCCCAGCCCCCUCCCCUGGCUGACCUUGCGGGCUGGGACCUCCUAGCCGGAAAACACCGCCCUUUCCUGUCGCCUACUCCUUACCCAGGCCGACGACUCGCGGAGGAGGAAGAGACGGAGGCCGAUUAAGAAAAUUAGCAUUCAUUAACCCGGUUCACGCUCGGGCCCCGGCGGAGGGGAGGGGCGCGCCGGGCGGCGGCGCUGGCGGUGGCCGGGUGACCGGCGGGCGCAGGUGCCACCGCGGGCGGAAUUUUACGCUCUCGGGACAGCAGCUGCGCCACUUGCGCCUCGUCGUGCGUCUGGGGCAGCCGCCACCGGCUUGCCCCAGCUUUAGGCAAAUCCUUUUGAAAGACCCUGAGGGAGAAGAAACGCCUCCCUCUGGAUGGGAGAACCUGUAGCGUCUGCUGUUCGUCGCGUGUCCAGUUGCUCAGCCGGGAGCUCCGGCACCUUCAGGGCGCUAAGUCCACUCUCCGGGUUUUGGCUGCAGCUCCAAGGGGCGCGAGCUGGAAACUGACAGAACGCGACCCUCCCCCUCCGCGCGCACCGGAGCCCGGGCUGCGAGGGACCUGGGGAGCUGCGGCCUGGCCGGGGCGGCGCACUCAGGUGGCCUCGCUUCCCUGCGGGUCACCGCCCGCCACGCCGGAACCUCGCACAGCUAGGUCGGCCUGUUGGGAUCGGGAGAGGUGGGCGCACGAGCUUGAGUGCGGGAGUCCGGGGUGCGGGCGGAGUCCUAUUGUCCCCGUGCACCCGGGCGGCAGCACCUCUGGGUCCCUCUUUAAACUGAGCGUCCGGCGACCUUUCUUUGUGCUUAGGGAGUCGAAAGCGGCAUCUACUCCGAGAGAAGUCGCCUACUGGGGGGUGGCGCUGGAGAGGUAACAAUGGGCGCCCAUUGUCCUCCGAGGGUCCAACGGUGACCCCCCCCCGGCGCGCUCCUAGCCGCCGAUUGGCCCCGGGCCAGGGCACAGGUACCGCGGCCAGGAGGGUCGGCCCUGCUGCCCGCGCCCUCCGCCCCGCCCCAGCCAGUCCCCGCGCCGCCGGCCCCGCCCCGCGCCGCCCCGCCCUCCGCAGGUUCAGUCCUCGCGUCCGGCUGCCUGGCGCUCAGUCGCGCGCACCUUCUCUCGCGGCCGAGGGGCCGCAGCGCGGGGCUAGCCCGGAGACCCGGCCACCGGCCUGGGGCGCCUUCACGCCGUCUCGGAGCGGAUAAUGCGGUGAGCAGGCAGACUCGGCUGGAUCUGCGCACACCGACAGGGAUUGCGUGCGCCCGCGGGAGGCUCGGGGCAGCGCUGGGAUCCUCAGCAGCGGCGGGUUUCUCCUAGUUGUGGUCAAGACUGGAUGAUGUAACUGGCUCUCUAGGAAGCCUCACUUGGCCGUAACCUCAGGAAGGUUCUCUUUGACCCCAUCUCAUUUCGAAGCCACUUCUGAAGCCACUUGACAAAAAUGAUGUGACAGUUCCUAUCAAAAAGGAUUCAGAAACAUAUACCAUCUGUGAAGAAAGUGGCCCUUUUUCCCACUUGCAAAAUAGACAUUCUCAAAUUCCAAAAUGCCAGCCAAGACCCCAAUUUACCUGAAAGCAGCCAAUAACAAGAAAGGAAAGAAAUUUAAACUGAGGGACAUUCUGUCUCCUGAUAUGAUCAGUCCCCCGCUUGGAGACUUUCGCCACACCAUCCACAUUGGCAAAGAGGGCCAGCACGAUGUCUUUGGAGAUAUUUCCUUUCUUCAAGGGAACUACGAGCUUUUACCUGGAAACCAGGAGAAAGCACACCUGGGCCAGUUCCCUGGGCAUAAUGAGUUCUUCCGGGCCAACAGCACCUCAGACUCUGUGUUCACAGAAACACCCUCCCCGGUGCUCAAAAAUGCCAUCUCCCUCCCGACCAUUGGAGGAUCCCAAGCUCUCAUGUUGCCCUUAUUGUCACCGGUGACAUUUAAUUCCAAACAGGAGUCCUUUGGGCCAGCAAAGCUGCCCAGGCUUAGCUGCGAGCCCGUCCUGGAGGAAAAAGCUCAGGAGAAAAGCAGUCUGUUGGAGAACGGGACAGUCCACCAGGGAGACACCUCAUGGGGCUCGAGUGGUUCUGCAUCUCAGUCCAGCCAAGGCAGGGACAGCCACUCCUCCAGCCUGUCCGAACAGUACCCCGACUGGCCAGCCGAGGACAUGUUUGACCAUCCCACCCCAUGCGAGCUCAUCAAGGGAAAGACUAAGUCAGAGGAGUCCCUCUCUGACCUUACAGGUUCCCUCCUCUCCCUGCAGCUUGAUCUUGGGCCCUCACUUUUGGAUGAGGUGCUGAAUGUAAUGGAUAAAAAUAAGUAACAAGAUGCCAACUUUUUUCCUUUGGGGUGAAAGGUACAAAAACAAACUAACAGUUGAAGAGAAGGGCUUUCCGGAGCUGUAUUUGCAGUUUUGUGAUGGGUUUUCUAAAAUAAUAUUCUUACAAAGUAUUUUUUUACCUGUUAUGCCCUGUUUGCAAAAACAAUUUAGAAAAAAGCAACAAAGCAAAACCUAACUUGGCAAAAAGAGGAAGUGAGUCAGAGCCCAUUUUCAGCAAGCAUUGGUGAUGUUCGGCUCACAUAUUGUUUGCAGACACACAAGAAAUCUGGCUUGGCCAGGAUUGGCACUAGCUAUGAAGGGCUGAGCGAGUCACAUUAAGGAACUUCACGGAACUUUAUAGCACUCCGCCAUUUUCUGAGCAAGAGGAAGUCAAAAUUUAUUUAACACCUAAGCCUUUUUGUAGACUCUUUUCUAUAUAUUGCUUGGGCUCACCAUAGCGAAUUCUCCAGUGUUAAAACUUUUCUGUUUUCACAUUUGAACUUUAUGGGUUUUGGGGAUUUUCUUGUAGUUCUUACAUAUCCCUAUACAUUAUAUCUAUAUUGCAGAAUUUCAACUGUCAGCUACAUGUUGGUAAGACACAGGCAAAGUAUUACUGUAACUAAGUUAUUUUUAAAGUUAAAAUAUAUUUUUACGUGCCUUUGGCUUUUUAUUGCAGAGUCUACAUUUUAUAGAUUCUACAUCAGAUGUUGUCACUUGUUUCCAUUGGGGUUCCAUUGUAAGCUGUGUAUGUGUGUGUUUGGAAAAGUGUAUUCAUACUUAGUUUUUUUUUUUCUUCAUCUGUUAUACUUUUAACAGCAACCAAUAAUGGAUUGUAAAGUGUAAAGGCACAGGUUACUCAUGAUGCUUCUGCAGAGACUGUGGGCUACACCACAUAUGUUAUUUGGAAAUAUAGGUAUUUUAGUACAGUACAUACUUGCAUUACAUAGGUACUUCAAACAACACAAUAAAGAGUAAAUGAUAAAGUGAACUUGCUUGUUUAUAGUAAUAAACAAGACCAUAAGAGAAUAAGUGUAGCUAGAGAAAUUGCUUCUCUGAAAUGUACAUGAGCCCUUAAGGUAAGAGAUGAUUUCCGUCUACUCUCAUUUUGAUUACUUCCUUAUGGUUUGAGAGGCUAGAAACUGAGCCUCUCUACUUUAGGAAAGAUGAACAUGUGAGGUCAGAUUUUUUUUUUUUUUUUAAGUCAACACUGAUGCCACCCUCUCAGUGCUCAUUUCUGAGCAUCUUCCUGACUUGAACACCUUCUACAGCAAACUCCUGCAAGUCCAGUUUCAUCCCUGUAAGGCAAAUGUCUGUUCACACAGAAAGCGCCAUAUAGACAAGAUUAAGGCAGCUAAAGUGAGGGCAGUAGGGAGCACUUACCCGACCCCAAGGUGCCAGAGAUGCCCUGAGGAUGGUGGUUAAGGAAACAGGAGCAGGAAAUGUACACACAGAUUCCUGUCCCUUUGCCAACCACUCCUUCCCCAUCAAAGAAAAACACUUGCACACAGUAACUACCAGCUCCUUCUCUCAAACUUGUAUUUCUCCUGGAAAUAUAUCUCAGAAAUGACCUCCUCUCCCAACCACUUCAACGAUUCUUUCUUUGGGUUUGGGGUUCUUGCAAUUCUAUCAUCUAAAAUAACCUUUGGACUGCAGGUGAAAUGCAGUUAGGACAACUAACCAAGUAGACGAAACAAGUUCCCCUAGACAGGGGUGUCCAAUAUUUUAGCCUCCCUGGACUGCAUUGGAAGAAUUUUCUUGGGCUACAUGUAAAAUACACUAACACUAACCAUAGUUGAUGAGCUUAAAAAAUAAAAAUAGAAAAUUGCAACAACAAAAAAAAA